AUGUGGCCUGGUAAUCAUCAAUGGUGGCAUCAAUCAGUUACAGUCGAUCGUGAUCGUGGAGCUCGACAUAUGCGUCCACUUCAAUUUCCAUCAAAUCAUUUACCAUCGCAUGUAGAUCUUCGUCAAUAUAUGACGCCUGUUGAAGACCAAGCUGAUAUGUCAACUUGUGCAGCUAAUGCUUUUGCUGGUGCUUGUGAAUAUAUUAUUAAACGUCAUACUGGUGAACAUGUUGAUGUUUCACGUUUAUUUAUUUAUUAUAAUGGUCAGAUGAUUGAUCAGCGAAGUCUUGACGUAACUGAUGAUGGUGCUUCAAAACAAAAUACUGUAUUAGGCAUGCGAAAAUUUGGUAUAUGUGAAGAAAGCUUAUGGCCAUAUGAUGAACAGUUACUUAAUAAAGAACCUCCACCACAUGUUUACGAAGCUGCAAGUCAUGUAACUGUAAUUCCACUUAAAAUUCCAAGAAAUUUAGUUGCAAUGAAAACAUGUUUAGCUAAUGAAGUACCGUUUUUAAUUGGAAUUAGGUUAUUAAGUUCAGCAACAGCUGAAGCUAAAAAAAAUCAAGGAUAUAUAUCAAUGCCUAAUCCUGCAUCUGCUGCUGUUGCUAAAACUGGCACACAUGCUGUAUUAGUUGUUGGUUAUGAUGAUCGGACAAGGCAUUUUAUUGUACGAAAUUCAUGGGGAAGAGAUUGGGGUGUUCAUGGUUACUUUUAUAUUCCAUACGAAUAUUUAUUAGAAAAACGUCUAGUUAAUUAUUUGGAUGGUAUAUGGGCUAUUACUGAUAUAAUACCACGUACAGGUCAUAAACCAACUGUACGUCGAUUGGUAGUACCUGGCCAUAACUAUGAUGCAAUGCAUAGAAAAGAUAAACAUCGACAUCAAAUGAAUUCGUUACAAAAAACACUGAUGAUGAUGCAAUUACCUAGUUAUCAUAAGAUUUCACAUCAUCGAACAUUAAUGCCUAUAGAAAAACAUAGGCGUAGGCAUUCUGGAUAUUUUUAA